AUGAAAAUUUCUGUCAUGGGCUUUGCUAAUAUCACUGGCCAAAGCUGCACCUGCGAGCUCGAUGUAUACGAAGUGGGCGGCGGCAGCAGCCAAAGCCGGGCCCUCAAAUACAAAAUCGCCGCCAGCUGUCUCCCGGUGGAGGCCGUGAGCCCGGAGAGGAGCUUCUUCUUCGUGCUCAAAGCGUUUGCCGCCGGACGCCUUCGAGAGCAUGACCUUGGCCGUGAAUGGAAAAUCACCUCACGAAUGCCGGACAUGUUAAUUUUGGGGCGAGGCAAAAUCUAUGCCAUCGGCCAGAGAUGUCCGGUAGAAGGCAAAGGUAAGCAUAAGAAAAGCCUUAGAGGCAGCCACCGAUGCAGAGAGUUGAAAAGGCCUUGCACGAUGAGGGCAGUCGGGCUCGUCUCGCUGGCAAUCCCGAUUCCGAUAGGCGUGGUUCGGGAGAAGAAGACGGCUAUUAUAGCCACGGCUCAGGAAUUGAAUUUGGGCAUCCGCCUAGUGGCCGUCCUCCUCCCGGCGGCGGUCUUCGGCGACUGCACCUGCGAGCUCGACGGAGACGAAGCGGGCGGCGGUAGCAGCGGAAGCCUGGCCCUCAAAUACAAAAUCGCCGCCCUCGCCGCCAUCCUCGCGGCCGGAGCUGCCGGCGUCUGCCUCCCGGUGGUGGGGAAGACGGUAAAGGCCCUGAACCCGGAGAGGAGCUUCUUCUUCGUGUUGAAAGCAUUCGCCGCCGGCGUGAUUCUGUCGACGGGGUUCAUCCACGUGCUGCCGGACGCCUUCGAGAGCCUGACCUCGCCGUGCCUCGGCGACCGGCCGUGGGGCGAAUUCCCGUUCGCCGGGUUCGUCGCCAUGGUGGCGGCGAUCGGGACCCUGCUGGUGGACACCUACGCCAUGUCGUACUAUGGGCGGCGGGAGGCGGCGAAGGGGGCCCCGCCGGCGAAGGACGGCGGCGGGGUGGAGGCCGGCCAGUUGCCGGUCCACACGCACGCGACGCAUGGCCACGCGCACGGAGCGAUGUCGAUUGGAUCUGGCGAGCCUGAUCUCCUCCGCCACCGUGUCAUCUCACAGGUUUUAGAACUGGGCAUCAUAGUCCACUCGGUGAUAAUCGGGAUAGCAUUAGGCGCCUCGCAAAGUCCCAACACAAUACGGCCCCUCAUAGCCGCAUUGAGCUUCCACCAGCUAUUCGAAGGCAUCGGCCUCGGCGGAUGCAUCACGCAGGCCAAAUUCAAUUCCAGAGCGGUGGCUAUAAUGGCCGUCUUCUUCUCCCUAACCACGCCUGUCGGAAUAGCCAUCGGAAUCGGGAUUGCCAGCGUGUACAGCGAGACGAGCCCGACUGCCCUCAUCGUGCAAGGCCUUUUCAACUCGGCAUCGGCCGGGAUUUUGAUCUACAUGGCGCUUGUUGAUCUGCUUUCGGCCGAUUUCAUGGGGACUAAAAUGCAGGGAAAUUCCAAGCUCAGGCUUGGUGGCACUGUUGCUCUUCUUUUGGGUGCUGGGUGCAUGUCCAUCUUGGCCAAGUGGGCUUGAAUUGAAAGAUUGAAAAGUUUUGCUGUUUUGUUAACUAGUUUUUCCUGUUGAUGUUGUUGGGCUUUUGGCCACAAAUUCUACGCAACAAUAGUAUAUUGUUUUCUUGAUAUGAUUGGAAGUUGUUGAUAUAUGAUGUGUGGAAAACUUGUUUGUGNU